GAAGUUGACAAAAAAUAUGAAAUUAAGAAACAUAAAAGUUUUCUAUACAGGUUUACUGACCAAAAUGCUAAAGUUACCCAAAAAGGAGAAUCUAGAAGGUUAGUUCAACCAUAGUUGACCAGUGCGAGAAAGGAUUAGAUCAUAUAAUAUUUUCAUAAAGCUCCUUUUUAAAAAUCAAAUAAGAAUAUAUCUUCUCCUCCUCUCAUUGUUUCUUGCUGAAGAUGAACUCUUUUCUUUCUCUUCCACAUCAAAACCAUGUUGUGAAAAGACCAUAAUGCCACACUUACAAACUCCCUCUUGGCACUCCUGCAAUGGUACUUUAGUAAAUCAACAUGUACUUACUAAAACUAGUUUCUAUUAUGUCUUCCACGUUGUCCUGUCUUGUUUCAGCAUUCAACGAUGGUGGUUAAGACUAUACACACACUGAACCAAGCGCACACACAAACGCACGUAUAUAUGUUUUGUGUGUGUUUGUCUUUGCACUUAAAAUUGAUUAGAUACGUAAUUAAAAGUUAACCAAAGCAUCGUGUGACGUCGGAUACUCAUGGCGUCGAUAGUGAUGUUCUUUAGAGCCCUCAUGAGUUGCCGUCUUACGCCCAAAGAGGAGCCAGAGUCGGCGGUGACUUCUUUGUCAACGUUGAAACUUUACAGAAAUGUCGCCGGAGACGAGAACACGACGAGAACGAGUAUUUCGGUCGUUGACGCAUCGCAUGGCAUCGAUAAUCACGAGUUUACUAUCGAAACUACGGGUGGGAUCAACGAUAUGGAUGAAAGGUUUUAUUGGAUCAUCGUCAAGAAUCACUUGUUCUUGUAAGUUUGUAAAGAUAUUUAUAAACAACGUGAGUCCUUGCAUAAUUUUAUGUUUUAUCGUGUUACGUAUCAUUGAAUCGACCAUGCAUAUUUCUCAUGAGGUAUAUGAGCCUUUUGGACUACCAAAUUGUAUCUGUGCGCUUUUAGAUAUUGAGGAAUAAUUUAUAUGGAAAUAACUCAUGCGUUGUAACAAUUUGAACCAAGUUGGGUUCUACCAAGAUCACUUUGAUGAAGGUUG